CUGCUUUAUUUAGGGGUUAUAUUGUUUAUGAUAAAGUUAUGAGUUUGGAAAGCCAGGGAAUUCAGUCAAAAAAACCGAAAUUAAACCUAAAUUUGCACGAAAACAUAAAAGAUCUGUCAGAGUUCAAAUUGGGCAGUGUUUUGCAAAAUAGUACUAACCGGAAAGUCGUGUGUUUGAGAGGAAGUUUUCAAUCCAAGGAGGGGGAAGCUGUAGUUAUUUUGGAAAAAACCGCAUUUUCGGUCGAUGAUUUAACUAGUGACAGUAAAUUUUUCUGUGAAAAAAAUCAACUCGAAAAAAUAUUUCAUAACGACGUGUAUGGUGAUUACAAGUAUUUUCCUAUUCAAGAAUUGAAUAGCAUCAAGGCAACAAUAAUUCAUCCAGCUACCGAAAAACACAUUGCAAAAUAUUCAUCUCAGACUUUUUAUAUUAUAGAAGAGACUCCAGAUAUUUAUUUUGAAAUUGUUUUGCCGCAUAUAACUGACCAGAAGUUUGAUUUACAAUGGGUGUAUAAUAUUUUGGAACACAAAUCAGAAUCAGAUCGAAUUCUGGUAGAAGAUACUGAUCCUAACAAUGGCUUUGUAAUGGUACCUGAUUUAAAGUGGAAUGGAGAAAUAGACACACUGUAUUUCUUAGCUAUCAUCAAAAAAAUAAAUAUUAAGUCAAUAAGGGAUUUGACUUCAGACCAUCUGCCCCUAUUAAAAAAUAUUAGAGAUAAAGGCAUAGCCGCAAUUAAGAAUAAGUAUGGACUUGAGAGUUCAGACCUACGGAUAUACUUUCAUUAUCAGCCUUCCUUUUAUCACUUGCAUGUACACUUUACUUACUUAAGGCAUGAGGCUCCAGGGAUAUUAACUGAACGAGCUCACUUGUUAACAACAGUUAUUAAUAAUAUAGAAUUAUUGUCAGAUUAUUAUCAAAGAAGCACCAUUCCCUUUGUGGUAAGGGAAAAUGACAAAUGGUUUGAUAAAUUUGUGGAAAAGGGAAUUGUGAAAAGGCGCAAUGGUAUAUAA